GAAUUGGUAUGCACCAUUUUAUACUUUUCUCUCAUUCUGCACUUUCAGUCUUGUUGGUGUUUGUUUGGUCUAAGACGACAUCACCCUGAGACUGCGAGGAUAGAUUCGUAAGUGACAAGAAUUAUAAGGCUAACAAUUUGGUGAAUAGGGAUAAAAACUUGUCCUCCAAUUAAAUCCUUCUUCUGCUUCUUCUCUUUUCUUCUUCACACGUCAACCCCGCAUAAGGGUUUCAUCCAACAAAAUGCCGGCCAUGCUGGAUGAUCCGGCGAGCCCCACUAUCCACCGAGUCUCCGGUCAGCCUCCCUAUCCGGAUCCGAACAACCCCGGGCUUCCGGCCGAGAUGACCCCUCGGCAGGUCACACUCCGUGAUCGCCAGACCGUGGCCACUAUUGUUCCGUUUUCCUCGAAACACCAGGUUCCCGAGUCGUUGAUCGCCUACUUGUGUGACCAGAUCAACAAGGAAAUUGAAGGCGGCGAUACGUAUCCCAUGAUGGAUCCCUUCGCCGCCGAUAAGUUCGGUUCCUACUGGUUCCAGAACUUUGGCGCUAUCAUGCUCCUUGGAGAUGUUGAACGUGCUGAGGAUGUUAUAGAAGGCAAGGAUUGGUCCCGAGAAUGUCUCGGCAGCUUCUAUAUCAAGCCUAACUAUCCCGGCCGCAGCAGCCAUGUGUGCAACGCCGGUUUCCUUGUCACGGAUGCCUCACGUAACCGUGGUGUCGGUCGUCUCAUGGGUGAGGCGUAUCUUGACUGGGCACCUAAGCUGGGUUAUACAUAUAGCGUCUUCAACCUGGUGUACGAGACCAACGUCGCAUCAUGCCGUAUCUGGGACGCCCUCGGCUUCAAGCGCAUCGGCCGAGUCAAGGGUUGUGGAAACCUUCGCAGCUACCCCAACCAGCUGAUCGAUGCUAUUAUCUAUGGACGGGAUCUGUCACCGCGCGAAAGCGAGGAACUCGUGAGUGAAGAGCGUUUCGACAAGAUCAAGUUCUACCUCAAGUACGGCGAGUACCCGAACGGCGCUGACCGCGCUGAGAAAAGCAGGCUCCGCAGCGCAGCGACGCACUAUAAGCUUCUCGACGGAGACAAGCUCAUGCUCAAGGAUAAGGAGGUUAUAUCCGAUCCUGCUCGUCAGUUCGAUAUUGCUCGUCAAGUUCAUGUUCAGCAGCACGGGGGUAUCAACAAGACUACCGCUACUAUUGCAGAGAAGUACCACUGGAGCCGUAUCAAGGAGACAGUCAGCGACGUUAUUCGCAGUUGUGUGGAGUGCAAAGAGCUAGGCAAGACACCUAACCCUGGUGGCGCGAGAAAAGCAGCCUCAUCGAAUAACCAUGGGGGAGGGAGGAGAUUAGGGGGUACAACGCCAAAUAUAAGUGACCACCAUGCGCAACCAACGAGUCCUGCUCCGACCCCAAUGUUACCACUGCAAGAUCACAACAUGAUACCAACACUUUCACACCAGAGUCCAGAUCACGAUCAUUCACCAAGUCCUUAUGCUAACCCAGCCGAUAUCUCCCUAAUUGCACCCCCUCACACUCUUCAAAGCAGCUCAAUGGAACAUACACUUCACUCACACAACCCCAUGCUCCAGGAUCCUCCUACUGGCCACCACCCACACGAUCACAAUGUAUAUCAACCCAUCGACCCGCAAAUAAUCAACGAAUCUUCUCAUGACCUUGGCCCCUUUGAUCAAUAUCACUCGCCUGCUGACUUUCAAGCAUUGCUCAAUGCGACUGAAGACGUGGGUCCUGAUGUUGUGGACAGAGACUUGGAAAUGUUGAUAGUGCAUCAAGAUGAAGAUAACGUGAUGGACGAGACGGUCGUUAUGGAUGGUAUAGGCGUGGAUGUCGGUGUUGAUGCGGACAACCAAGGGCUUGUACAUAAGGAAAGGGGUUUGUAUGAUGUUGGGUUUGAAGGGGCAGGGAGGUAGUUAGAGGUGACCUUGCGAUGCUGAAGAAUGAAGUAGGCACUCCUGGAUAUCAUUACGUUUCUUUGUCGAUGAGCAUGAGCUUGGCGUUUCACGUACAAAUACUAAGAUUCAAUAUUUUCCCACAAGUUUGAAAACCACAAAACUGAGAAGUUCGUACAGCUGGGUCUCGACAGCUCGUAGUUCUUUCAGUGCGGUUCACGUUCACCAGCUCUUGGCAGAU